AUGAAGAAAAAAUCAGGAAGACAUCAAAGCAAAAAAUAAUCUUACUAGAAUAAAGGAUAGGAAGUUGAAGAAAUAUUAUCAUAAGAGGAAGACACUCAAGAUUUCUCUGAAUUAGAAGAGAAUCAAUAAUAUGUUAGCAUCGUAGAAUGGAAAAAACUGUAAGAGGACAGUUCCAAAAAAAUGACAGGAAAUAAUUUGAUUGUUUCAUAAAGGUCAUAAAAUUCAAAGGAUUUUCUAAAUUUGGACAAAGUUCCGCUUAAGUCAUGUCUAAAGAAAACAAAGAAGGACAUCUAUGUAUAAUAUGAGGAGUUGUUUGGAAAGUAUUCUGAAGAUUAAUUGUAGACAGAAAUUUCAUCAGAGAAAUUGUAAUUGAAUCAACAAUAAAUCAAAUAAUGCAUAAUUGUUACUGAAUUCAAUAAUAUUAUGAAUGAUGACGAUGAUGAAAUAUCCAUAACCUUAGACGAAUUAGACGAUCUCAUUUAUGAAGAGAAGGGUCAAAAGAAAAAUGAAAAAUUUGAUAUUUCCUAAUUUGAUAAUAUCAAGAAAAGAAUUGAACUUAAUCAGAAUAUCUAAUUUAAUCAUUGCGAAAUUCACAAUAAUUGA